AGGAAAAUUUAAAAAUAAAAAAUCUACUUGCCUUAUCUCGUGGUCGUGCCUUGCCUUUAUUAUUUUUCAAAUAUUUCUUUUUCUUUCAACAAAGAACGUCUUGUCAACCACCCAAUGCCACGCAGUCGCCUGCCGGUUCCGGCUUACGCUUAACUUACCCUUUUUUCUCACCCUUCAACCUUCGUUAGAUCAACUCAAAAUAACUCUUUAUUCUUUCUUCUUUAUUUUUUUUGUUCCGUUCUGGGCUGCCUUUUUUUUUUUUUCCCUAUCUUUUCUUUGCUAUGCGCAAGUGUUGGUGCAAUUUCAUUUCAAGGUGACAUAAAACUGCAAAGAAUUGCAAUAUAUUUGUUUUCCUCAUUGAUCAAAAGUUUUUCCAAGUCUACUCGAUUUGAUAUGGAAAUGGAAAACUUUUUGCAGUGAAUUAUCAGUGGGGGUCUAGCUAUCUUCUUUUAGGGUUUCUAUUCCUUACACUGCUUUUCUUUAGGGUUUCUUUGAGUCUUUUGAUUUGUAGCUUGAAUUAAGUUUUAUCCUUCUGCUUUGUUUGGCUCAGCUGAAUUUGUUGUCAAAAAAAAAAAUAAUGGAAGAUUAUAAUCAGCUAAACGAGAAUAGUACACCCAGGGGAAAUUUCUUGUACGCAACUCCAGUUCUUGCAUCGAAUUCUUCUCCGUAUGGGAGAGGGAGUAGCGGCUCCAACGUGAGUAAUCAGCAGGUCGAGAUGCCAUUGAUUUCUUUUCAGUUUCAGUCGAGCGAGUGUUACCAAUCGGAGGUGCAUCCGAUCGUGAAGACCGAAGCUAGCACUUCACAGCAUGGCCAAAAGUUUCACUACCCUUUAUUGAGAGAGCAUCAAGCAGCAGUUCAUCACCAACAAGAUAGGAAUGAAAGCUCCAGCGAAGUGGAAGCUAUCAAAGCCAAGAUCAUUGCUCAUCCUCAGUACUCUAACCUCUUGGAAGCUUACAUGGAUUGCCAAAAGGUGGGAGCUCCACCUGAUGUAGUGGCCCGACUAGCUGCUGUUCGACAAGAGUUUGAAGCAAGGCAGCGAUCUUCAGUGACAUCGAGAGACACCUCAAAAGACCCAGAGCUUGAUCAGUUUAUGGAAGCUUACUACGACAUGUUGGUGAAAUAUCGGGAAGAACUAACGAGGCCAAUACAAGAAGCUUUGGAUUUCAUGCGGAGGAUCGAAGCUCAACUCAACAUGCUCACCAACGCUCCUGUGCGGAUCUUCAACUCUGAUGAGAAGUGUGAGGGUGUUGCUUCAUCCGAGGAGGAUCAAGAAAAUAGCGGCGGAGAGACCGAACUUCCUGAAUUUGAUCCGCGUGUUGAAGACCGAGAACUGAAGAACCACCUAUUGAGAAAAUAUAGUGGUUAUUUAAGUAGUCUCAAGCAAGAACUCUCCAAGAAGAAGAAGAAAGGGAAACUACCAAAAGAAGCUAGACAGAAAUUGCUAAGUUGGUGGGAGUUACACUACAAAUGGCCGUACCCGUCGGAAUCGGAGAAGGUGGCAUUGGCUGAAUCAACUGGUUUGGACCAGAAACAAAUCAAUAAUUGGUUCAUAAAUCAAAGGAAGCGUCAUUGGAAACCUUCUGAAGACAUGCAAUUCAUGGUGAUGGAUGGUCUGCACCCACAAAAUGCAGCUCUAUAUAUGGAUGGUCACUACAUGGGUGAUGGUCCUUACCGUUUGGGCCCAUGAUAUAAUAUGCAACAGCGCAUUAUAAAUUACCUGCCUCAGCAGGAAUAUAUAUAUAUAUAUAUAUAUAUAUAUUUACACUAAGUGUUUGUUUCCAUUACAUUUCAACCAUAAGAUAUGUUAGUCUUCCAUUGUUUUUUUCUUUUUUGGUUCAUCCCUUAGGAUUCAGCUUUCUCCUACAACAUAAUCUAGCAUCUUUGAAAAAAGCACCCUUAUAGUUUCCUGCUUGCCUAUUCCUUAUGAUGAUUGUCAAGGAUGGGGAUCCCUGUUGUCGGGUCCAGGAUGCCUGCCUGUGUUUCUCAUGUUCAAAGGUACGGUGUUGCGCCUUGUUACGCCUUGUUACUUCAUUGCUGUCUGAAUGUGAAGAGUAAUUAAAGGAGCUAGUGCUGCCAGAGAGAUUGUAAUGUUAAAGUUGAAACGUUUUUUUGUGGGGGGCAGCACUACAUGUUUUUAAGUGUAUAUAGUGAGAAAGUAUGCUGGGAAAGUUUGGGUUAGUUAAUGUAAGUAGUUGUAAUACUUUGUGAUCUUCCUUUGAUAUCUGCAACUUGCGGACAAGGAAAGGGGUUCCAAACAUUGACGGGAUGCCAUAUUAAUCAGCUGUAUUAAGCUUUUAUGUUCCUUGUCUCUUGUAUUUUAUAACAGACCAAAUAAAUAUCUUACAUAUUAGUUAGUGGUUGUCCAAUUUGGGUAAUUUAGGACUUCUGUUCUAACCGUAUGUAUAAAUGUGAUUGAGUUGAACGAGUAUAA